UUCAAUUCGUAUUGAUACAAUGAUGAUAUUAUUUUGAUCACUGAUUUGUUUAAAACCGUCACGCACUAUAUUCUAGGCAGGCUAGGAACUAAAUUGAGAAUGUGUUGUUAGGCUAGGUUACAGAAAGUGUUAUUUUGGAAUUUCUGAAAAUUAGUUUCGCUUCCUGAUACGUAGACUAAUAUCGUAGAAUUAUUUGUGAUAAAAUAAACACGCAAGAUGUCUAGUGAUGUACAUAAAACGAAAAAGAACAAAUUUAUUCUUAUUAAAGACAGUUUAGCACAGAAGGAAAAUACAGGAAUCAAAGCUGUUUUCAAGAGCAAAGAAAAAGAAGACAUAAAUGUUUUGGCCGGGAGCCUUUGGGAGGAAUCGUCACACAAAAGUGUUGAUGGGACAUUUAUGAACUUGAUUUUUCUUGAAGGAGAUAACACAGAGUUGUCCUGUCUCCAUCGUGAUGUUUCCUUUAUCACGGAACACGAAUGUAAUCUUCUAUUGGCAGUGAACACAUGUAACGAACGAAUGCAGAUUUUGAAAGAUCCACAUUGGUUGAAAGAGGUGGCUUCAUUAAAAAUAGGAAAUUUUGUGCAUUUGAUGAAACAGCAAAACCUGCCAGAAAAAGUUGUCUGUGCAAUAAGAUAUAUCGGACCAUUUCCAAAUUAUAAAGGGUGGCAUUUUGGAUUAGAAAUUAUGGACCCACCUUCGGCAAAAGGUAAAGGAAACACAGACGGAACUAUAAAGAAGAAUCAUUACUUUCAUUGUCCAAAAGACUGUGGGGUAUUUGUCCCAAUGAACAAGAUAAGAGCCCAUAAUCAGAAACAUGUUGCAACAAAAUCUGCACAUUAUACCGCAAGAUCAAGCAGUUCAUUACCAAGGCGAUCCCCUUCUUUAACUGACUCACAGUCUUUGUCUCAGAAAUCUUAUAGCAAUGCUGUAACAUCUGAUGUUGUUCCAAAAGUACAUGCUAGCCAUAAACUGCCAGUUCAAAGUAGCUCAGUUCGAAGUCGCAAUCCCCAAUCACCGCAAUCUCCACCCAGUAGUAAGGUCCCUCAUGAUAAUAACCCACAUCCAAAAGAUCACAUUUCACAGAAUGCAGAGGGACGAUCUGAACAUAGGAGUCGAAAAAAUCCACUGUCAAUUUCCCAAGAAGAUGAACUUGAUAAAUGUACUUUAAAGGUUGGAGACAGGAUUGUAUGGUACAGUGAUGAUGGCCCAGAACAUGGUGUAGUGAAAUGGUUAGGGUUCCUGCCUAUAAAUGAGGGGGAAGAAAACAGUAGAACUGAUUUCACUGCCGGCAUUGAAUUUGAUCGUCCUGUGGGUUCAGGCACAGGUAAAUACAAUGACCAGCAACUCUUCAAGACAAAACACAACCAUGCCUCUCUCAUUCCUGUAUGUGGACUUGUAAAAGAGAAUGAAUUCAACACCAACCCAGCUGUUGUAGACCCAUCAUAUGGCAUGUAUAGUACUUGGCAUGGUAGGCGUCGGCCACAUUUACUGCAUAAUGAGUCCAGUCCUGGAACAACAGCUAGCAGUACAGUAGAUGACAACUACUUACAGCAAGAGGAGCUCAAAAUGAAGGAAUUUGAACGUGAACGGAGAGAAUUUGAAGACGUUCGUAAACGUGAAGAUGAACAAUAUGAAAAAUAUAGAUCCAAUCGUAAUAGAGAGUUACAGGAUAGAGGUCAGUCCAGUCAACACGGAAGGAGUACAUUUCGUGACAAAGACAGAGCAGAGCCUAUGAUAACACAAAAUAUUGACACUAGUAGAGACACUAGAGUGGAAACAGGUCAUAGUGCUCAUUAUGGAAAUUCGUCAGACAGGGCCCUCUACAGUUCACAGCCAGUCAAUCCCCCUGCAUCUAGUCCAGUUAACCCUCCAAUGCCCAGUGCUGCCAAUCCAAUGAAUGAGAGAAGAGAAGUGGAAAACAGUUUCUCAGAUCAGAACAGAUUCAAGUCAUCUAGAGAAGUAGGACCCCCUGAGGAGGGCAAGUUUGACACUGAAGCUUAUACAUACAAUGGUGACCUUGCUGUGGGCUCCAUGGUAGAGGUACGGGGCAGGCUAGUGGUGUAUGGAGUCAUUCGAUGGAUUGGCAUUCUCCCAACGUCAAAAAGCAAGCAACCUAUAGCUGGACUGGAAAUGGAGGAAGAAUCUCCAACAUACACAGAUGGAACAUUUGGCAACGAGCGUUACUUCACAUGCCCCCCAAAUAAAGGGUUCUUCAUGUACUUAGACAAAUGUUACAAAGAUUCAAGGUUUUCUGAUGUAGCUGAGGAUACCUCUAACCCAGGGGUCCAAACAUUUGGUAGUAUAGAGACCCCUGAUGUACCUGGGACAGUGCCACCUAUGUGCUUUAAUAAUUUAGAAGAGAUAUGUGGGAGAAAGAAGGGCAUACAAGGCCAUCAUAAUUCCUGCUAUUUAGAUGCUUCUCUUUUCAGUAUGUUUGCAUUCACCCAGGUGUUUGACUCAAUAUUAUUUCGCCAGAAACAGAGUAGUGAUCUCCCACAAUAUUCCCAGGUGCAGACAGUCCUAAAGGAGGGAAUCAUAAACCCACUCAGAAAGAAUUUCUAUGUGCGUGCAGACAAGGUGCUCAAAUUGCGGACUCUUCUCGAUCAGCUUGGAACAGUGCAAGGCAUGAUGGGAGAGGAAAAAGACCCUGAAGAAUUUCUGAAUUCAUUACUGCAACAAAUCAUGAAGGCAGAUCCUUUCAUAACUCUCAGUUCAGGCCAGAAUUCAUUCUUCUACCAGCUGUUUGUAGAGAAAGACAACAGAAUUGUGCUUCCAACAACUCAACAACUUGUAGGUCUGAGUUUCCUUCAGACAACCAAUAUCAAACUUGCAGAGGUGCCAUCGUGUUUCAUAAUCCAAAUGCCACGUUUUGGCAAGGACUACAAGAUGUAUGACCGUAUAGUACCAAGCUUGAAACUAGACAUCACUGACAUACUGCAGGAUGCCCCCAGGUUGUGCUAUGUCUGUGGUCUUGAAAUCUCUGAGAUGGAGUGUCCUGAUUGCUCUAAUCAAUUGAAUGCAGAGCCAAGUGCAUAUAGGUCAUUCUGCUCCGAAUGCUUUCAAAAAUUUCACACUCAUCGAGAUCGCAGUAAACACAGGCCUUUGAAGUUGCAUAUUGAAGAGGGUUUCCGGGAAUGUUUUGAAAAACAGAGACGUAAUUUGCCAAAUGGUGAUAGCCCUGAGAUUGGGCGAGAAGAGCUAGAGUUGUUUGCAGUAGUUUGUAUCCAGACCAGUCAUUAUGUCAGUUUCGUCAGAUGUGGCACUGGUCCUGAUGCCCCAUGGGUAUUUUUUGAUAGCAUGGCAGAUCGUGUGGGGGCUGAGAAUGGCUAUAAUAUCCCAGAAGUGAAACCAGUGCCAGAACUACCACAGUGGCUAGAGGAGUCAAAUCAUAACCGCAUUAUUGGCAUCAAAGACAAUAAACAACUACCAGAGAAUAUAAGACGAGUGUUAUGUGAUGGUUACAUGUGCAUGUACCAAAGCACAGAGGCUAUGAUGUAUAAGUAGUGAAUAAUAGAUAUAUACAUUAUACUUAAAUCAAAAUGCAAGCUAAGGUGGUUGUGAUUGUGUAUGGGAGGAAGGGAGGUAUUCAAGGCUCACUGAUAAAGGCAGAGUGAUAUGGUUAGACUGAUUAGUAUAUGGCAAUAAUACAUUAUAUUUAAAUAAUAUUUAUUGUACACUAUUCAUGUAUGCCGUACAUUAAUAAGAUAUAGUUUUUAAUGUGUGGUUGGUUGGCAUCUGUGACAAAUUGUUACACUUUUGUAAACUUUUGCAAAAACUUAUAAGCUUAUAGUGUCAUUUUGUCAUGUUAAUUCUUUCAGACAUUUCCAAUAUACCAUGCUAUGAUUGGGUGUUAUAGCAUUGUAACAUGUUACAAUGUGCAGCUAGAGAGAGUAACAAACAUAUUGCAUGUUCACCUUACAUAAAUCAAUUCUGACUUUUGUGCAGUAUUUCUAGAAUUAGGACACUUCAAGCAAACUUUAUAGAAGUCUCAAAAUCCCCAGGACAUUUUACUGUAUAAUAAUUUUGAGAUUUAUUUUUAUGUCACCACCACAAGUGGUGACAUAUUGUUACGGUCACCAACAUUUUGUA